CAAUAAAGGCCGCCGCGGCUGCAGGGCCUUGGGAGUGGGCACAUGGGGGCACGGGGGUGCGGGUGCCGAGCACCAUGGGUUAGGCCCGAGAUCGGAGUCCGGCCGCCCCCCGACAGCAGCCGCCUCCUGCUCCCCGCGCGCGCGCCACCAUGUCGGGCGACAAGCUCCUGAGCGAGCUCGGCUACAAGCUGGGCCGCACGAUAGGUGAGGGCAGCUACUCCAAGGUGAAGGUGGCCACCUCCAAGAAGUAUAAGGGGACGGUGGCCAUCAAGGUGGUGGACCGCCGGCGCGCGCCCCCGGACUUCGUCAACAAGUUCCUGCCUCGAGAGCUGUCCAUCCUGCGGGGGGUACGGCACCCGCACAUCGUGCACGUCUUCGAGUUCAUCGAGGUGUGCAACGGGAAGCUGUACAUCGUGAUGGAGGCCGCGGCCACCGACCUGCUGCAGGCGGUGCAGCGCAACGGGCGCAUCCCGGGCUCGCAGGCGCGCGAACUCUUCUCGCAGAUCGCGGGGGCCGUGCGCUACCUGCACGACCACCACCUGGUGCACCGCGACCUCAAAUGCGAAAACGUGCUGCUGAGCCCUGACGAGCGCCGCGUCAAGCUCACGGACUUCGGCUUCGGCCGCCAGGCGCACGGCUACCCAGACCUGAGCACCACCUACUGCGGCUCGGCCGCCUACGCGUCCCCCGAGGUGCUCCUGGGCAUCCCCUACGACCCCAAGAAAUACGACGUGUGGAGCCUGGGCGUCGUGCUCUACGUCAUGGUCACCGGGUGCAUGCCCUUCGAUGACUCGGACAUUGCCGGCCUGCCCCGGCGCCAGAAGCGCGGCGUGCUCUACCCCGACGGCCUCGAGCUGUCGGAGCGAUGCAAGUCCCUGAUCGCCGAGCUGCUACAGUUCAGCCCAUCCGCCCGGCCCUCGGCGGGCCAGGUGGCGCGCAACGGCUGGCUGCGGGCCGGGGACUCCGGCUAGGAGCCGGGGUUCUCGCUGUUCCCGCCGCACCAGGCCCUAAGCCAGGGCGGCGCACGCGCGACGGGCGAGCUCGGGGAAACCCGCGAAGUCGCCGCGCGCCACUGCGCACGCGCCCUGUCCCUCCCCCUCCCCCCACGGCGGCGGCCGGCCGAGGCCCGCUGUUGGAUUCUGGUUCCUCCUGCACAGCCCGAUUGCUGGAGGGCGCAUGCGCAUCCUCGAAUUCUGGCGAAAAGGCCCCGGGAGGGGCGCGAAGAGAAGAGAGAGACGCAUUGCGCCUGCGCGGAAUGAGCUCCUGCUGCGCGGUGGGUGGCCGCGGCGCAGGUUCCAGGUUGGAACCUGCAAUAAAUUCGCUCUUCCUCGCAAGCGGCUUCAGCGGUGGGCCCUUGUUACGAGACGGGGUAGGUGAGGUCUCAGCACUGGAGAGAAGAUUCUGGCGUCAGACGUUUCAGUUCCCCAGACUGGCCAAACUUCUGGAGGCUCCAUGGAUGCGAUGAUGCUUGAAUUGGAGUCAGCGUGGGUGAAGGAAGGGAGUGCCUGUCGGCAGAAACGGAGCAUUGGCAGAUGGGGAAACUGAGGCCCACACGGGUGUCAUUGUGCAGAGAUGCCUAUGGCUCGUACUCAGCCUCACUGAGUAGACCAGGACAGCUUCAAACUUAGAGAUCCGCUUGCCUCUGCCAGGAGGAUCAGUUCAUAGGAGGCCUGAGCUUACAGUAGAUCUUGCCUUAAAAUCAGUGUGAAACUGAGCAUCUCAAGCUGAUGCAGACACUGGCAGUGGGCCGAGCCCACAGCUCUGUCCAUGCUGGGAACAUUCAGAGAAGCCCCACAAGGGGAUGGGAAAGAUACUACUCCAGCAGACAGGCCCCUGUGGCCUCAACUUUCACUGCAACCCUGUUUGUUGACAUCAGAUGGGAUCUGACAGCUCAAGAUAGAGCGAUGCCAUGUUCAAAAGGCAUGUGCACCCUACCUUCCACUCCCCCUUUAAGGCCACCAGAAGCUGGGACAAAACACUGGAGCCCCAGGAUAUUAAAGAAUACAGUGACUUUUUUUUUUUUGCUUUAUUGCCCUUCAGUGUCUCAGAAUUAUGAUACAAGGAGGCUACCAAUUCCAGCUCAUUUAUUGGAAUAUGAAAUUCAUUUGGUGGCAAACUUUUAAAAGACAUGUUAUGAUAAAAGACUCAAUCACAAAUACACGUGGAAGCUGGCCACCCCACGUGUAACUGUUAGACACUGAAUUUUUCAGAAACCACUUUUUGGCAACAGUCCAAAGUCUUCAGGUUGACAGGAUUUGGAAUGGUGAGGACCACUCUUCUCCAAACACCGUUCAGGCCGACUCACCUGGGUUCUCUGCUUUCAUUUAAAUGUGGCAUGUGGCUGUUACAGCCAGCACUGUCACCUUACACUCUACCUAGGGUAAGCUUUGGUUCCCCUGAGGUGUGUAUGUGGGGGUCAGGUCCUGAGGCUGCUCAUAGGGUCACUGUCCCCCACCUGCCCACCCAGACGACACUUGGUCCCUGAUGUUUCCUCAAGCAACUGGCCCCUUCAAACCUGUCCUCAGCAAUGAGAAGAUGCUCAGUGAGGUACAUGUGUCCCCACUGACCAGAGCCAUUGAUGUUUGAUUGUCUCUGGAGUAUGUAGGGACCAUCACCUCAGCCUUCAAGUAUACGCAUCAAAGCGCCAUGCCAACCACAUCUAACUUUUUACAAGUUUUUUAAGCCAGACAUGAAGGUGGAAGCCAUUAAUCCCAAACUCAGGAGGUAGAGGAUGGCAGCUCUCUCCCUAGAAGUUGCAAGGAGCCUAGGACCCAGCUCAUCAGGAUAGGGAUGGAGCCAGCUUUGGCAGGGGUAGCAGCUUUGUGGCUGACACAGCACCCUAAAUACCUGGUCCUCCUGGCCCAGUCCUCAGUUGCGUCGCUGAGGGCCUGCUGCCCAGAGCAGGGCAGCACUUAGUAACUGAGACACCUCACUCUCUCGGCCCUCCUUAGUGUCAUCACUGGGCCUCUGCCAUAGCUUGUCCCCUGUGAGGUGGACAAGCCUUAGGUGGCAGGUGAAUGUCACGAUGGGAGCAAUCACCAGACUUAGACGGCUAGAAGGCAGGGAGGUCACAAGUAUACCAACAGAACCCUCUGGCCAGACCCUGACAGUUCCGGGGAAUGGUCUGAAUGAACUGAGGUCUACUGGCUGGGAUGGCUUCUAGCAGAGGUCAGUCACUCAGCAAGGAACUGACUUACCAGGCACACAAAUACUCGUGUAAGAAAUGCUUGCGUAUAUUAAUUAUUUCAUAUAUAUUUAUAUUUAUUGGUGUAAAAACACCCCCUCUCCCCCAAGAAGGGUCAAUUUCUGUUCAUCCCCCCAAAUUGACCCUGGGAAGUGACACACUCAAACCUAAAAGCACCGAGAAACUUGGGAUUCACACAACAAAAAGAUUUUCCAAAACUUGAACGCCCGCAUGCCCAAAUAAUUCCUAGAGACGGAGGAUUUGCACACAAGUGAGCACGGGGUUAAAUGAGCCUUUAUUAGAGGAGGCAGGGGCGUGUCUGCAGAGGUCGUGUCUGCAGAACAAGGGUUUAAAUUAAAGUCCCUAACUGUAUUGUGUCAAGGGAAGCCAGGGCUGGUCGGGAUCCGACCGCGAUGUGCAGCAGGCGGCUGGACACAGUGCUGCUUCUGCCUUCACCAUGAAACCAACUGUUUAAGAGGGGGAGGGGCAAAGAUAAAACUAAAGUAGACCUGGCCCUUUCAAAGACAUCCCCGUGGACUGAGGAGUCGAUGGAAGCAAACCCUGCCGACCCCAGGCCCCGGUAGGGGUUCUGUCUGGGCUACCUGGGUGCCUCUUGGGUACCUUGAGCUUGUGUCCAUCAAAAAGAAGAAAAGGAAAGAAAUUUUAAUAAAAUAAACCACAAAAAAUAA